AUGGGAGGUGCGGUGAGUGCCGGUGAGGACAACGAUGAGCUGAUAGACAAUUUGAAGGAAGCACAGUACAUCCGGACCGAACUGGUGGAGCAGGCUUUCCGAGCGAUUGACCGCGCAGAUUAUUAUCUUGAAGAGUUUAAAGAAAAUGCGUACAAAGACUUGGCAUGGAAGCAUGGGAACAUCCACCUGUCGGCUCCGUGCAUCUACUCAGAGGUGAUGGAAGCCCUGGACUUGCAGCCUGGGCUCUCGUUCCUGAAUCUGGGCAGUGGCACCGGCUACCUCAGCUCCAUGGUGGGGCUCAUUUUAGGUCCUUUUGGGGUAAACCAUGGUGUGGAGCUUCAUCCAGAUGUGAUUGAGUACGCAAAGCAGAAACUAGACUUCUUCAUCAGGACCAGCGACAGUUUCGACAAGUUUGACUUCUGUGAACCUUCCUUUGUUCCUGGCAAUUGCCUGGAGCUUUCUCCUGAUUGCUCUCAGUAUGACCGGGUGUAUUGCGGUGCAGGUGUGCAGAAGGAGCAUGAGGACUACAUGAAGAGUCUUCUCAAGGUGGGGGGCAUCCUGGUCAUGCCCCUGGAAGAGAAGUUGACUAAGAUAACGCGCACGGGACCUUCUGCUUGGGAAACCAAAAAGAUCCUGGCUGUUUCCUUUGCUCCUCUGGUCCAGCCGCGCGGCUCAGAGUCGGGGAAAUCAAGACUCGUCCAGUUACCCCCCCUGGCGGUCCGGAGCCUCCAGGACUUGGCUCGCAUUGCCAUCCGGGGCGCCAUUAAGAAGGUCAUUCACCAGGAAGCAGUGAGCAGAAAUGGGGACGGACUGAAAGCCACUCCCAGGUUCAAGCGAAGGAGAGUGCGCCGCCGUCGAAUGGAAACCAUUGUCUUCUUAGACAAAGAGGUCUUUGCCAGUCGGAUUUCCAACCCGUCUGAGGACAACAGCUGUGAGGGUUUGGGAGAGGAGCAGCGGGAAGAAGAGGAGCAGAGCCCAGCUGAGACAAAGCCAGAGCCCCCCGUGAACUUCCUGCGGGAGAAGGUCCUGAGCCUGCCCCUGCCUGACCCCCUGAAGUACUACCUGCUCUACUACAGGGACAAGUGA